UGAUAUAAUAUAUAUUAUCCAGCAGCCAAGAUGGAAGUCUUUUAAGUCCAAAUUCAAACUUGGCAAUUGUAACCAUAUACACAUUUUUUCUAAAUUUCACAUGGUGUACUACUAUAAAUUCCACUAGAAAAACUAAAACAUAAUAACAUUUUUUUCACGAAUCAUCGCUUACUAAAAAUUCUGCGUUCAUCACAUCCGCGCUCUGUCGAUAUGAAGGGGACAAUUUCAGAUGAGAUAGAAGUGAAUGUGCCUGCAAAUGUAGCAUGGGAGCUCUAUGGAACAUUACAUUUGUCUAAAUUCAUUGUGCAAGAGUUGCCUACUCUUCUUAACAAAGUUGAUGUGAUUGAAGGUGAUGGUAGUACUGGAACUGUCCUCAAAAUCACUUUUCCUGAAGGUACACCAGGAAUACCUUAUUUCAAGGAAAGAUUCAACAUAGUAGACAAUGAAAAAAGAUACAAGCAAUCUCAAGUGAUUGAAGGUGGAUAUGUUGAUCUUGGAUAUAUUUUUUAUGGAAUUAGAUUUGAAGUGAAUGAGAAAGAUGAAAAUUCAUGCAUCACAAAAUUUACAGUAAAUUAUGAAGUUGAAGAUGUGAAACUUGCAAGUCAUGCAUUCACUAUGUUUGAGCCAUUGCAAACUGUCAUCAGAUCAGCCAAGACUUAUUUAACAAAUAAACACACAUCUAAUUAAUUAAGAUGACCAAAUUUCUAUUGUUAUUUCUAUGAAAUUCAACCGUACUCUAUUCAUACUUCACUUGUAAGAUUAUACUUAUUAUAUUGCAUAACAUUUCACACAUAA